UCCUCCCUCGCGCAGGAGUGUCUCCCGACAGUACGCACAAAUGGAAUAUCUCUGAAUUUAAGCUCUGAGAUGCCUUCAACAACUUUGGCAUACACAUCUCUUUCCUGUUGAUCGUAGAGGAUUCGGAAGAUUGGUACCCCAUUCCAUAGUCGGCCAUGGGGGCCUAUAAGUAUAUUCAGGAAUUGUAUAGAAAGAAGCAAAGUGAUGUUAUGAAAUUCUUGCUUCGUAUAAGAUGUUGGCAAUACAGACAGCUGACGAAAAUGCAUAGGGCUCCUAGACCCUCACGACCAGAUAAAGCUCGAAGAUUAGGGUACAGAGCCAAACAAGGAUUUGUCAUCUACCGCAUUCGUGUUCGACGAGGUGGUCGUAAGCGCCCUGUACCAAAGGGUGCUACUUACGGAAAGCCUAAAAGCCAUGGAGUUAAUCAGCUGAAGCCCACACGUAACUUGCAGUCCAUUGCUGAGGAACGAGUUGGAAGGCGUUGUGGUGGUCUGCGAGUGCUUAACUCUUACUGGGUUGCACAGGAUUCCACAUACAAGUAUUAUGAAGUAAUAUUGGUGGAUCCGGCUCACAAGGCAAUUCGCCGAGAUGCUAAGAUAAACUGGAUAUGCAAACCAGUGAUGAAGCAUCGGGAGCUGCGCGGACUUACCUCUGCUGGUCGCAAGUCUCGUGGCCUCGGCAAGGGUCAUCGCUACAGCCAGACCAAGGGAGGAUCCAGGCGAGCCAACUGGCUCAGGAGAAACUCUCUGCAACUCAGAAGGAAACGUUGAUUGUGUUUUGUUGGUGGAAAGCAAUAAAGUUCUUUUUGUGGUCUUCUA